GGUAGUAGUAGUGGUAGUGGUGGUAGUAGUGGUGGUGGUAGUAGUGGUGGUGGUAGUAGUGGUGGUGGUAGUAGUGGUGGUGGUAGUGGUAGUUAGUUUAAUAUGUUUAUUAUGCACCCCAUACCCAUCCUGUGGGCGGUAGUCAAAAGAUUACAGAGGUACAUAAUUGGUCCAGGGACUGGACUCCAAAGUUUUGAUAGCUGAGCAAGUUACAGAGGUAAUGAACUCACAAUUUACAAAGGUAGUGGUGGUAGUUGUGGUGGUGGUAGUAGUGGUGGUGGUGGUAGUGGUGGUAGUCGUGGUGGUGGUAGUAGUGGUGGUGGUAGUAGUGGUGGUGGUAGUAGUGGUGGUGGUAGUAGUGCGCAUGCGUCACUGCUCACAACACAACAUUUGAACAAGAGUGAUGCUGGUGGUGGUGUUGGUGAAGGUGUGAGGCUGCUCUCCCCAUCACUUGUGUUGUGAUAACACUCACCAUGAGGACCAGGAGAGGCACAAUACUCACAGGCUCUGAUGUAGGCCAACCAGUGGAACAUAAUGGCUCUACUUCAGAGAGUCAAGGUAAAAAUGUAGGUAUGGCCUGCCACUCCAGACAGGUCUAUUCUUUACGAACGAUGUCAGAUGGACAGUCUCCAGUGCUUAAAAGAAAGUCAGUUUUAUCUUGUGCUGUCGGAACUCAGUCAAAGACUCAUUUUUCAUGUGUGAAUAAAGAAUCCAGUUUUGAUGUUAGCCUUCUUGCAUCUCCAAUAAUAGGGCACAGAAAGUUGAAUAUUAUUCAAAAGCAAUUGAAUUUUAAAAAGAAUGACCUUGAUGAGGAAAACAAAAACAUUUGCAAGGUGAAGUCUCAUAAGCGCUCUGUAUUGCUCUCUCCGCUCAGUGAGAGGAGUAAUAAUAUAAAUUCCAGGAAAAGAACAAAUGGUUUGGAAGUUCAGCAUAAGAUUACUGGUAUUCCUGAGAAAAUGAGUAAGCGGGGAAAUAGAGUUUGUGAUAAGGAAAAUUCUAUCUUGACAAAUGAAAAAGAUCUUCCAUUGAAGAAAUCAAAAAGAAUUAAGAAGGAAAUUAGUCCAGUCGGGCAGUUAAGGCAGACUGAUGGAACAAAACAGGUUUCUAAAAAGAAUCUUCCACUAGAACAAGCUUCAAACCUAAACGAGUAUGUGUGUGCUAUGGUGGAAACUACAAGUGGCAGAAGGUCGAAUUUAAAACCUAGAGGUGGGAUUUCAUACCAAGAAUCGCUAAUGAAAGGAAUUGGCAGAAUAAGGAACAAAAAUAAUUUGGUUACAUCAAAGGAGAAUGCAGAAAAAAGUAAUGGUAAAAAUCAUUUGCUUAGUAAAGUGUCUACAAAGGGUGGUAUUGUUAAAAGCAAAUUUUCUAAAGCCUCAUCAAAAUCUUCAGUAAAUCCAGCAGUUUCACAAGCUUCGUCAAAGUUGGCAAUAACUCCGGAAAACUCACGAGCUUCAAGAUCUUCAGUAAGAAGUACAGCAGUUUCACGAACCUCAUCAGAGUCGGCAAUAACUCCAGAAGAUUCACAAUCUUCAAGAUCUUCAGCAAGAAGUACAGCAGUUUCACGAACCUCAUCAGAGUCGGCAAUAACUCCAGAAGAUUCACAAUCUUCAAGAUCUUCAGCAAGAAGUACAGCAGUUGCACAAGCUUCAUCAAAGUCAGCAUUAACUCCAGAAGAUUCACGAGCUUCAAGAUCUUCAGUAAGAAGUACAGCAGUUUCACGAACCUCAUCAGAGUCGGCAAUAACUCCAGAAGAUUCACGAGCUUCAGGAUCUUCAGUAAGAAGUACAGCAGUUGCACGAACCUCAUCAGAGUCGGCAAUAACUCCAGAAGAUUCACGAGCUUCAAGAUCUUCAGCAAGAAGUACAGCAGUUGCACAAGCUUCAUCAAAGUCAGCAUUAACUCCAAAAGAUUCACGAGCUUCAAGAUCUUCAGUAAGAAGUACAGCAGUUUCACGAACCUCAUCAGAGUCGGCAAUAACUCCAGAAGAUUCACGAGCUUCAAGAUCUUCAGUAAGAAGUACAGCAGUUGCACAAGCUUCAUCGAAGUCAGCAUUAACUCCAAAAGAUUCACGAGCUUUAAGAUCUUCAGCAAGAAGUACAGCAGUUUCAUGUGCUUUUUGCCUAGGAGUUUCACCUACUUCUUCACAAUCUCCUGCUCAUCAAGUUACAUACUCUACAAAAUCUUUAGCUCAAACUUCAACAAGAUUCCGAAAUGAGAAAGUAUCACAUGGUGAACAACAAAAAAAACUGCCAGUUUGGGCAAUGGAUUCUAAACCUAACUCUGGAAAGAGGAGAUCUAUAAGGGUUAAAAGUAAAGAUAUAUUUGACUUUGUGUGUGACCCAUUAGAUGAGAUAGUAAAGAAGAGACGAGUGGCUAAGCCUAGAGGCCAAAAGAGAGUUAGAACACAUAAGCCAAAACUUAAAUUAACACUGCUUACAACUGAUCCAGAUAAGGAGAUUACAUUUCCCUCAGAAAACCAAAUUCCUAUCAGUACCAACACUACCAGGAGAGAGACUGAAUCAGCAACAUCCAGUAUGUGCAAUGUCAGGGAAGAUAGUGAUUCAGCAGGCACUGCCAGGAGAGAGAUCGAAUCUGCAGCACCUAGUGUGUGUAGUGCCAGGGUAGAUGGUGAUUUAGCAGGCACUCCCAGGAGAGAGACUGAAUCUGCAGCAUCUAGUGUAUGCAGUCCCAGAGAAAAUGAUGAAUUAUCAGGAAACGACAUCUCUGAUGAUGAAUUUGCGAGAGAGUGUGUUACCUCAGAGGACAAUUGUAAUGAUUUUUACAGUCAUGAAACUGAAAGUGUCACUAAAGAAUAUGAUUUUGAAACCACUAGUUCAUUUGUUCCUACAAAACUAAUAUCAUCUAAAUCAAUUCCAAUGAGCUCAGUCAGUGUAUUUCCUACCCCUGCUAUUUCUAAGAACAUUUCUAAAUACAUCGGAGGCUCAUCCACUCCAAGGGUUGAAAACGCAAAGGCAUCAGAUUCUUGUGUUGAUUUAAUUGAUGAGCAAGCUACAAACAUAGCAAAAGAAGAUAUUGUAACUUGUUUUGGCUUUGAUGAAAUGGAGUGUGAGUUGGAAGGGAGUGAGCUUGACUUGUCUCCUGUGAGAUGUUCAGGACAACUGCAGUCUUGCUUGGAAGUGACUGGUACAUCAGAUGUGUACAAUGAAUGCCAUCCAUCAAGUCAACCAUCACGUUUCUCUUGGGGUUUCCUUCGACCUGGAAAUCGAAGUAAUAUAUCUGCUAGUCGCUCAUCGAGUGUGUUGGCUGUGCAUGGUUUGUCAUCAUCGUUACCAAGUUUUUUAAGUUCAAUCCGAUCCCAAAAAUCUAUGGUGUCAAAUGCUAAUCUUGGCAAAAGUGUUCAAAGAAAGAAAUUAAAAGAAACUGAUCAUUCAAGUGAAGUUGGAGAAGGAAAAAAUAAAACAAUUGCUCAUCCUGCAACAUGCAGAAACCAGGAUACUGGUAUUGAAGAUGUCAACACUUCAAUUUUUGUUGAAGAGAAAGAUGCAGAUAAACAACAGAAGGGAAAUCAAGCAAAGCUGAAUAAUGUAGACAAGAUUGUUCAAAGAAAGGUAUUAAAAGAAAAAAAUAAUUCCCUUCAAGUUGAAGUAAGAAAAAGUCAGAGAACAAAAAAAAAUCCUCAGGCUGCAAUGUGUGAAAAUGAGGAUUCUGAGAAAGAUACCAAUGUGUCGUUACUGUUUGACGAGGAUGAUGUGGAAAACCUAGAGAAGGAAAAUGUAGAAAACAUGAGUUGUCUACCUGGGAAUGGCUGCUCCCCUAAGAGGAUUCAUCAUAAACCUAUGGAUGAUGAGCUUAACUCACCUGAGAAAUCAUUUUUAAAGCCACCAAGAAAAUCCUACAAUCGUAGUUGUUUGGAAGAAUGUCGACGGAAAUUUAUUCGUGAGUACGCAGGAGGUACCACAACAGAUACUGAGGAUGAUGGAAAAGAGAGGAGCAAAAAGAAAAGGAAGAAAUUCAAGGCAAAGACUUCCCUCAAAAAGAAGAAAGGAACUGCAUCGUCAUCCCACUCGCUAGAGGACUCUUCCCUCUCUAGUGAAUCAUUAUCAGGAAAAUCAUGUAAUACCUUAAAGAAUAAAAGGAAUAAGGUUUAUGAACAAUCAAUGAAUGAAUGGAUAGCCAGCACCAACAGCUUUUUUGAAGAAGUGGAAAACAGUGACCUGAUAAUUGAAGAUGAUAAACAGUAAACUGAAGAUUGAUAAACAGUAAAUGUUUAUUGCUGGGGAAAAUUAAUAUGAAAAAAAUUUUACUUUGAAAUUAUUUCAUAAUCAAACGUUAGUGUAAUAUCAUUUGCAGUAAAAAUUUAAGCACACCCUGUACCUCCAGGAAUGAAGGUAUGGCUGAUUAAUAAUGAGUAUUGGAAAAAUCAUGUACAGCAUUCGUACAAAAUGAUUAUUAAAAGGGUUGAAAAAUAAUUUAAGUGGGCGGCCUUUGAGUUUUAGCUACGGUUACCCCAGAGAGUUUCUGAGGGUAGCAAGGCGUCUGAUGCAGAUUAAUGCAUUAAUUAAAAAUAUGUUAAUUUUUAUUUGAGCAUCAGUUGUACAAUGCUGUACACUAGUUGAUUAAAAGCAUUCAGAUAGCUUGGAAAAUUUUAUAAUCUAAUGAGCUGUCAUUAAUAAAUAAAUAUAUGUACACUAUUUUUAGUGGAAUUUAGUGAUGGCUAAUUUAACCUUAGAUUGUUCCCUGUAAAACUUCAUUUUUUUUUUACCAUUGCAUGAUAAUUUUAUGAGAAUAAAAGUAUAAUUUUUGUCUUUUAAUAUUUUUGUUUUAUGUGAAGCUAUAUAAAAACUAUGUGAAACAAUGUAAAAUGCAAUAUAGUCUAAAAUGUAAACAUUUAGCAGAAUUCUAAUAAAAAU